CAUCAAAUGUUUUAUGUAAAAUUGUAGGCUGACAUGCCUUGACAACAUUAUCCAGCUUGCCACAAAAAAUUUCAUGACUCGCCAAUCAGUCUACAGGACUGAACUCGAGGAACUAAAGAGGUGGUCCAAAUAUAUGGGCCUUGCCAACAUGGGCUUUGGACGAGAGAAAACAACAAACUGCUACUUCCUUGCUUCCACUCCCAUUUCUUUUCCUUUAGAUUCUGAGGCGCGAAAAAUUGUGGCAAAGUGUGCAAUCUUAGUUACAGUUGCAGAUGAUUUUUUUGAUGAGCAUGGUUCAUUGGAUGAACUACAGUGCCUCACUGAAGCAGUCCAAAGGUGGGAAGGCGAAGGCUUAUCCGGGCAUAGUAAAGUUAUUUUUGAUGCCCUUGAUGACCUUGUAUGUGAUAUUACAUUGAAGGUUUUCAACCAACAAGGUUAUGAUAUAAAAACACAUCUUCAAGAUAUCUGGCGAGAUGUGUUCAAUGUGUGGUUGAAGGAGUCCGAGUGGAGUCGAAGCAGACAUGCACCAUCAAUUGAUGAAUACCUUCAAGUUGGCAUGAUCUCUGUAGCUGUACAAGCAAUGUUUCUCCCCUCAUGUUAUCUUGCAAGUCCAAAGCAUCCACAGAACACUCGAGGAACCCGUUAUAGCAAAACUACCAAAUUGUUAAUGCUCUCGACUCGCUUAUUGAAUGACAUGGAAAGCUAUGAGAAGGAGAUGAAACACGGAAAAUUGAACAUGGUUCCACUGUACUUGAAAGAGAAUCCAGAGUCAAAUAUUGAAGAUUCAAUUGCAUAUAUACAUAACAAGCUGGAUAGAUUGAAGAAGCAGCUGCUCGAAAUUAUUAUGACUAAUAGCAAUACCGAAAUACCGAAAGAAUGGAAACAAGUCCAUCUAUGUGCUUUGAAGGGGUUUCAGAUGUUGUAUAACACCUAUAAUUUAUUUGACUCACCUACUGCGCUACUCCAGGACAUUACCAUGGCCAUCUAUGAGCCAUUAGUUAUGGAUGCCCAGAGAAUGCUUCUGCCACCGUUUGUGCUUAAUGCUCAUGAGUCAGUUAAGAAGAAUAAGGGACAGUCUAUGGAUGAUACUUCUGAGAAAGAACUAUCAGUGAAGGCUCAAAGUCGGUUUCAAGGAGUGAACCGUAAAAUAGUUUAUAAUUCAAUAGCAAUGCCUUCCAAAAUCAAGCAGUCACUAUACUAUGUGAGGCCCAAAAGUUUUCUUACAUUGCGGUGCCCAUCUUCCUACAUGUUUUUAGCUGUGCCUCCCAUUUCUCCAAGUCCUUUGUUGAAGAUGUAGGUGGUAGUAUUCAGGUGUGCGUGUUCAAGAAAUAUUUAUAUCUAUACUAUUAUAUCUUCUGUGUUGUUACAUCUUUACCGAAAGAGUGCAUAUUAUAGUCUUUUGUGCACAACAUGUUGAUGAUAAUAAAGGAAAUGCAAGUGCAAUAAGAAUUUAUGGU